AUGUUCAACAACCGGAGAAACUCUCAGAAGCCGGAUACUGAGUUCAUCAGUCGGUUCCAGCAAGCAUUCUCAGACAUUGUCCCUCGGCGAGAUAGCCAGAGCCCGCGCAAUGUGAGGGCAGCCGAGCCUGUGAUGGCCUCGAGUAUGGCCGAGAACAACGAUGUGAAAAUGGAGAAUCAUGAUGUCAAGUUACCUAUCACCAACAACGACCGUACUCCACGAAAUAUGCACGAACUGGUGUUGACGCCCUCUUGGAUGGAGUCCGCUCCAUAUUCCAUGAUGCCGCCUGCCAACCAGCAUACAAGCUUUUAUGCCCCAACUUCGUCUGGAAUGGGUGCAAUGUUCCAUAACCAGGCUGGCGAUUUGCAUACUCCAACAGGGAUGCACUUGAUGACCCCGUUGUCGGGCAUGCCAGCUGUACACAAUCACCACAGCAUCAGCUUUGAGCCGUUCCACCCGCAGUUCAUGAAUCCAAUGAAUGACAUGAACACGUUCUCUCAGCAGCCGUCAUAUGCGCCAAGCGCAUUCAUGCACCGUGACUCUGGAUAUGACGCCAUGGACGAUACUCUCGAUGAAUCUUUAAAUGAUGUACAUGUCGAAACAUCAUCCAAUUUGACGGCGUCGACGGAAUUUUCGGCUCAAAUGGCUGGUGACAUGUCCUAUGCCAAUGGCGAAAAAUUCCGCUUCAAUGUUUCUCUCCGAGCACCGACCGCCAUGGUGAAGAACAUGAGUGAAAUCCCCGUGACUUAUCUCAACAAGGGUCAAGCAUACAAUCUCUCAGUUAUCGACACGAGCCCACCAAUCGUCAACCAAGAACCUGUUCGAUAUAGAACAUUUAUUCGAGUUUCCUUCGAAGAGCGAGAACAACGAAUGAAACCGUCAGCAUGUUGGCAACUAUGGAAGGAAGGCCGCGGUACCACAGAAGCCCAUCAACGUGGUGGAAAAUUGUUAGCUGUGGAAUACGUGGAUCCGUUACAAGGUGGCAGCGAUACACACAGGAACCGACAGGUGCAAGUUGAGAGCAUGUCAGUCGACGGUUUCUGCGUCACUUGGACUGCCAAUCCGACGACUGGUGCGGCGGAGUGCAACAUUCCCGUGCGGUUUAAUUUCCUUUCCACCGAUUUCAGUCACUCAAAAGGUGUGAAGGGAAUUCCUGUUAGACUAUGCGCCAAAACCGAGCUUUUAUCCCCGGGCGAGGAGGCAGGUGUAUCGCGUGAUACAGAGCUGUCUUACUGCAAAGUAAAGCUUUUCCGGGAUCAUGGUGCUGAGCGGAAGCUGUCCAAUGACGUUGCGCAUGUCAAGAAGACCAUUGAUAAGCUUAAGCAGCAAAUUUCCCAGGCAGAAAUGGGUGGAUUUACGAAGCGCAAACGGGGAAACAACGCUUCUGCCGCAAAGGGAUCCGACAAGUCUUUGAGCCACAAACGAACUUGGUCGUUGGACUCGGAAGAUGUGCCUCCAGAGAAAGUCUCGUUGGAGGAUGAUCUCCAAGCCAAGUUGGCUACAAUGCAAGAAAUGUUUUCAUCCACUCGCUCAGUGAGCAUUUUCGGCUUACGCGGUGAUAAAUUCGAUGAUCCCGACCUAUAUCCCAUUCAGCUAUCGGGUGACGGCGAUUCCCCUCAGUAUGCGAAUAUGAGCCGUUCAAACACACGUGAAUUGGAGACAAUUAUGCCCUCGCCUCCCAACACCAAUACCUCUUCUUCGAAUUCGCCGCCUACCCAAUCACUCAGAUUAGCAAAUUGCCCGACCACCAUUCAGAGGAUUCCUGCUGGUGACCAGGUCUCAAGGGGUUUCAUAGAGGCCGUGGGUGUAGACUUAACCUACCGACCUCCGGCGGAACGCCCUCCUCAACCUGUCGCAUGCUUCUAUGUCCGAAUCGCUGGAAAUGCAAAGCGCUCUGAGGACUUCUACCGUGCAAUUUAUUUGACGGAACGCACGGUUCAAGACCUUAUGAAGCAAAUUACUGAGAAAUAUCAAAUCGAUCCGAUGCGGAUCUCAAACAUCAUGCAUGCCCACGAGAAAGGCAUGCGAGUCAUGGUGGAUGAUGAUGUUGUCCGCCAGCUUCCAGAGGGUCAAGACAUGAUCCUCGACAUCUCUGAAGCACCAAAUCCUAAUGGCAGUGCUCCUGGCCCACCCGGAUCUCCCAUGGAGAUAAAAUUAAUCUACUAA